UCUCUGUGGCGCAAUCGGUUAGCGCGUUCGGCUGUUAACCGAAAGGAGGACGGUUGUGUACACUGCUCGGGCGCGAUCACAGGAAAAAAGCGGGUCGGAACCGCUCAGUUUGUGGUUCCGGUUUCCGCUGGUGUCUAUUUGGGCGUUGGACCAGAACCGGAACUCUUUGGAAGACGGACCACAGAGGUUGUCUGAAGGCCGAGGCCAAGAUGGCGGCGCUGGCGGCUCCUGGCUUGCUCUCUGUACGGAUCCUGGGUCUGCGCCCAGGCACAGUGGCCCAGCUGCGCAGAGCCCACCAGAGUGUGGCAGCCACUGGGAGCCCGAGCAGCACACAGUCUGCCGUGUCCAAGGCUGGAGCUGGAGCCGUGGUCCCUAAGCCCUCCCAUCUUCCCAGAAGCCGGGCCGAGUAUGUAGUGACCAAGCUGGAUGACCUCAUCAACUGGGCGCGCCGGAGCUCCCUGUGGCCUAUGACCUUUGGCUUGGCGUGCUGUGCCGUGGAGAUGAUGCACAUGGCUGCCCCGCGCUAUGACAUGGACCGCUUUGGUGUGGUGUUCCGUGCCAGCCCACGCCAGGCUGACGUGAUGAUCGUAGCUGGCACGCUCACCAACAAGAUGGCUCCAGCACUCCGCAAGGUGUACGACCAGAUGCCCGAACCCCGCUAUGUGGUGUCCAUGGGGAGCUGUGCCAAUGGCGGUGGCUACUACCACUACUCCUACUCGGUUGUUCGUGGCUGUGACCGAAUUGUGCCAGUGGACAUCUAUGUGCCAGGCUGCCCGCCCACGGCCGAGGCGCUGCUCUACGGCAUCUUGCAGCUGCAGCGGAAGAUCAAGCGCGAACAGAAGCUGAAGAUCUGGUACCGCAGGUAGAGCUGCCAGGCUGGACGUGAGGAUCCCGAAAUCCCUGUGAAUAAACCCGCCCUGAUCCA